CUAGCAAAGCGCACGAAAAUACAACAGUGUUAAAAUACAUUAUUAAAACUAAUCAAACGAGAUGAAACGUAAAUCAGAAAAUGGUAAUGUACAGCCUUUCACUCGGAAGAAGACGGAGCUGGUCUUUAAUCCAGAAAAGAGGGCGGAAUUCCUUUCCGGAUUCCACAAACGCAAGCUACAUCGCAAAAAAAUUGCAAUCAGUCAAAUGCAACGGAAGCUGAAAGAGGAAAAGAAACGUAUUCGUGACGAGGCAAAGGACAAUGUUAAGAAGCUGUAUCAUUCUUUUAAACCGAUACCCGAACUAAUGGAAAAGGAGGACGAGGAAGAUCAAGAGGAGGAGUACGACACGGAGAACGUCACAGUAAAGGUUGUGGAGCUAUCGACCACCGAGUUGGCCAAGGAAAAUAAUUGGAUUGGAGCAAAUCGAGGCGCGAAGGAUAGUGAGUCGGAACAGGAGCAGGAACAAAGCGACGACGAAGCAGACGAGCGCCAGCUUGGCGUUGUGCCGGGUAUGGAGCUUGAGGGGGAGAAAAAAGUCAAGCGAAAGCUUAAAGCCUUCACGGAAGAAUCGGAUGAUGAGACAAAGAAGGCGGGUAAGGUUCAAGAGGGCGAAGAUAAGUCCAGACAAAAGAAGGGUCCGGUGCUGAAUCUGGAUGGUAUUCGCUCGAAGAAGGAAUUAAAUCACAAAAUCAAGCGGUACGCCUUGAAAUCGAUGAAGCAAAGUCAACCCUUCCGGCAGAAGCACCGUCUACAGCAGCAGCAAAAUCUGAAAAAGUCACGCCGCGUUAAGCACUUCAAGGAGAAACAUCUGAAGCAGAAGAAAGGCUUUAACAAACAUAGAUUAGCCGGCCGUGGAGAAACGAGCAGACAGAGACGCAGUAACGAUGAUUAGAAUAACUAGUGCGCAUGGAAUAAAGGGAAAGUG